GCCUCGACCAAACUCUUUUGAUUAUUCAAAAUUUAUUUGUCGCACUUCAUCUUCUCUUCUUCAAUCCCAGCCUCUUUUAUGACCCCCAAAAACAUAUUUUGGCAUCUCUAAAUUAACCGUAAACAAGUUGAAGGAAAUGGUUUCCCCAGAUGAAGCGGAAGCGGCAGUACUGCUCUUAGAAGAUGGCCACUGCCAGUCCCAGCAUGACAUCGAAAUCGAUGGGCUGCACACUGGUGACAGCUCCAUUGACAUCAAAGGGAGGCCAGCCCUCAAGAGCAAAACUGGCAACUGGAAAGUAUGUCCAUUCAUCCUAGGCACUGAAUGUUGUGAACGUCUGGCAUACUAUGGUAUUGCCAUAAAUCUCGUGACUUACCUGACGGGCAAACUACAUGAGGGAAAUGUCUCCGCAGCAACAAACGUUAAUAUUUGGCAGGGCACUUGCUAUCUCACGCCUCUCCUUGGAGCCGUGCUAGCGGAUGCAUACUGGGGAAGAUACUGGACGAUAGCCGCUUUCAGCACUAUCUACUUCAUUGGAAUGUGCACGUUGACACUCUCUGCAUCGAUCCCGGCAUUGAGACCUGCUGAAUGUGAAGGCUCUGUUUGCCCCACAGCCACCACAGCGCAGUAUGCAGUAUUCUUCCUUGGCCUCUAUCUCAUUGCCUUGGGUACCGGGGGAAUCAAACCAUGCGUUUCCUCAUUUGGGGCAGAUCAGUUUGACGAUACUGACCCAAGAGAACGACCGAAGAAGGGAUCCUUUUUCAACUGGUUUUAUUUUUCUAUCAACAUUGGGGCUCUAGUAUCGAGUAGUCUUCUCGUGUGGAUUCAAGACAAUGUUGGGUGGGGCAUAGGGUUCGGCAUCCCUGCAUUCUUUAUGGGGAUGGCUAUAGCGAGUUUCUUAGCUGGUACGCCUUUAUACCGGUUCCAGAAACCCGGAGGAAGCCCAAUUACAAGAUUUUGCCAGGUCGUGGUAGCAGCAGCUCGGAAGUGGACCCUGGAGGUCCCUGAGGACAUUAGUCUCCUCUAUGAGAUCCCCCAUGCGAACUCUGCGAUAAAAGGAAGUCGGAAACUGGAACAUACCAAUGAACUAAAAUGCCUCGACAAAGCUGCGGUAAUCACAAACGAUGAUAUGAAAAGGGGGGACCUCUCCAAUCCGUGGAGGAUUUGCACCGUGACGCAAGUGGAGGAGCUCAAGAUCUUAAUACGUAUGUUCCCUAUCUGGGUUACAGGAAUCAUCUAUGCAGCCGUAUAUGCCCAGAUGUCGACCAUGUUCGUCGAACAAGGAGAGAUGAUGGACACAACCAUCGGAUCUUUCACAAUCCCUGCUGCAUCGCUCUCGAUAUUUGAUAUUAUCAGUGUGAUGAUCUGGGUACCCAUUUAUGAUAGGGCCAUCGUCCCGAUAGCACGGAAACUUACAGGUCAGGAGAGGGGAUUCACAGUGUUACAACGGAUGGGAAUCGGCCUCUUCAUCUCUACUAUUGCCAUAUCAGCAGCUGCUUUGGUGGAGAUAGAGCGGCUAAAAUUUGCAAGGGAGCUGGGAUUGGUUCACAAGGAUGUCGCCGUCCCAAUGAGUAUCCUCUGGCAAAUACCCCAAUACUUCUUGAUGGGAGCUGCCGAGGUAUUCAUUAACAUCGGGCAGCUGGAGUUCUUCUACGAACAAUCCCCGGAUGCAAUGAGGAGCUUAUGCAGCGCCUUGUCACUUUUAACGAGUUCUCUUGGGAGCUACCUGAGCUCUUUGAUUUUGACGAUCGUGACCACCAUUACGACAAAAAAUGGAAACGUCGGAUGGAUACCGGACAACUUGAAUGAGGGCCAUCUCGAUUACUUCUUUUGGCUUCUUGCUGUGCUAGGCUUCUUGAAUUCGCUUCUAUACAUCUUUUGCGCCGGUAAAUACAGACAGAAGAGGGCCUCCUGAGGUCAUUUUAUGACUAUGAAUUGAAGCAUGCACGCUUAGACGAGCAAAUGAUCCAAAUCAUUAUGUAUGGGUGCCGUUAUAUGUCACUUUCCGGACCAUGAGAUCUUGGGUUAGAUUCUCACUCCCCAUAUCUGAUAUCCCUAUAUUUCCACUCAUCUAUAUAUCCCCUUCUAAACUGAUGGUCUAGAUUGAAAAAAGUAGUGUCCUAGGGGUUCAUUUUCUAGAGAUUUUUGGGUCUUCGGUGGUACAAUGUAUAGCACAUAGCUUGAAGAUAUCAUUCCAUAUUGAGUUCCUAGUUUUUAUUAGUCGUGUGAUUGAUGUUUGUGAGACUUGUGAAUUUCUCUUCAUAUUUAACUAGUUUCCUUUAUAUA